CAAAAGUGUAGUGUAUUUUGACUAUUUUGUCUUGCCGAUUUUCAAGUUUCAGUAUUUCUCGUUUUAUAAAAUAUAUUUCAGAAAAUUUUAAAUAAAGGAAUUACAAGCUGAAAUCACAAAGAAAAUGACUGAGAAAGAUGAGGAUGAAUACAUGAAAAGUGCUAAUGAUCAGGAAAAAAAUUUGGCUGUGAAUGCUUACAGUGAAUUUAAGAAGAAAAAUUACAAUACUGCUCUACAGCACAUACAUAAAUUAGAAUACCGUUCCUAUGACUUCAAGGUUUUCCUAAAUAAAGCAGUGGUGGAGUAUUACAAGAGCGAUUUCAAAAAGACUGAACAAUUCGAAAAAGCAUUAACAUCACUAUGUGACCAAUUCAAUAUUCAAUUCGAUAAGCUCGAUGAUGUGAGUCAUUGUAUAGUACUUUACAAUAAAGUUGUUUUACUAUUUCACAAAAGGGAAUAUACUUUAGCUCUAAGGAUAAUUGAAAAAUUGUAUAAAUUCAUUGAACCUAUGGAUGAUGUGCUUGCUAGGAAGGUCUGCUUUUUAGCAGCAGAACUGCAGCUUCUUAUAAAAAUGCCAGAUAAAGCACUAAGUACACUGACAUAUGUAGAAGAUCACUUAAUUGAUAAGAAGCAAAGUGCUUCAGUUGAUGCUAGUAAGUCUAGCAAUACCUCUGCUGAUGAAUUAUGCAUCAAAGUAGCUAAAUAUAAGGCUCGCUGUUAUAUCAUGAAAAGAAACCUUUCUAUAGCCAAAAAUCAGAUACAACUUUUUGAUGGAGAUCAGUGGAAAGUGGAUGCGCUAUUUCUGAAUGCCAAUCAGCAAUAUCUUGGCGGACAGUUUCAAAAGGCGCUGAAGACCCUCUCUUUGAUACCACAGUCAAUUUUAAAAUAUAGCAAACAUGGAGAAUCUUCAGCUGUUUUGUUCAACAAUAAUAUGGGCGUAAUUCAUCACGCUUUAGGAAAACACCACCUUGCCUGUAUUCACUAUCAGACAGCUCUGAGGGAAGACAUGAAACUACAAGAAAUAUUGAGACUAGAACCAGAAAAACAAUUAUUUACUCUUGGGGGUUCUAGAUACCAUGAACUGACUUAUAACUUGGGUAUAUCUCUUUUAUACUGUGGACGAUAUUCUGAUGCUUUUGAUGCCCUAAUUAUUGCUGUUAGGAGGUACCAUAGAAAUUCUAGGCUGUGGUUAAGAAUAGCAGAAUGCUGCAUCAAAUUGCAUAAACCUAGUAACGAGGCUGAUUUUGACUUUAACAAAUCACAAAGAAAAAACUGUGUCAAUAAAAUAGGUCAAAACAAGGAGAGUAUGAAAUAUAUACUAACCACGAAUGUGUCACGGGACCAUAAGUAUAGUUCUGAAGGCCAGUCUUAUGCGGUACCUGUUCCCACGCUAGAAUUCGCAUCUAUUUGUCUCAGGAACGCCCUUAUUUUAAUUCCUUCGGAAUCAGAUUCAACCCCUCAACCAGUAUAUGUUAAGCCUGGUGUUAGGCAUCCUGCUCCAACUCCAACUCUUGGUCCUGCACCUUCUUCUCCUCUCGAUGCGGACGGUAAUGUUGAGUUGAAGAAUGCCAUUCUGGCGGCUAGUGCUUUUGUAUCCAUGUGCUUGGGGGAUUAUAUAGUAGCUUUGGAACACGCGGAAGCAUUGUUGGCCCAACCUAGGGUGUCCUCUGUCCACAAAUUAUUAGCUCAUCUCUACGCUGCCGAAUGUCUGAUAUUGCUGAAUAAGAUCACAGAAGCUAUGGAGCAUCUUAAUCCUAAUAAUAUAAAAGAUUUACGAUCUGAACUGCCUCCAGAAAAAAAAGAAGCUGAGGGUACACCAGAAGAAAAAGAUGAGGUGAAGACCAGGCCCCCUUCAAAAUGGUUUCCAAGAGACGUUGAAACCGCCAAAGUCAUUAUGAUGUAUAAUUUAGCAGCAGCUAAAGCCAUAAGAGGUCAAUUUGACCAAGCUAAUGCGCUCAUGCAACAAAUAUGCGGUAACCAGAGAGCACUACCAGAUGGGAAAUAUCCAAUUCAUAUGAUUAUGUUGAUAAUUUAUAUUCAAUUAAAAUUAGGGCACCUUGACUACGCCAAAAACUUCAUUAAACAGUAUGUGAAUCCUUAUAAUGGAUGACACAAUAUUUUAAAUAACUAUUGUUUUCGUCUUGAUCUAAGUUUUAUAAUGCCUUGUGAGUGUUUGUGUAUAGUUUUUUAAUAAGAUGAGCCGGAAUUAUGUUUCCAAUA